UGAAGGUCUAGGAAGUUGUGAUUCAUGGGCCGUGCUCAUCACUCCCGUGCUCAACAGCUACUGAUGCCCCUUUCCUCUAAGCACGUGUCCAACCUCUUGGUGAAUCUGGCUGAACUCUCAGCUUCUCCCGUGUCUGGUGGCACCGAGUCCCACUCUUUAAUUCCAUGAUGGGUUCAAUCCCGCUCCUGAAACCAUCUGCUACAAGAUCAGCAGGGCCCUGAUCAGGAGAAAAACCGGACAGACGGCAGAAGCACCUGCAGGCCAAGACCAGACGGCAGCCGCCCUUCGUGCCUGCAUUGCCUCGAGGCGGGAUUGCACAGGACUGUGGGUAACGAGCUGGAGAUCCCCAGUGACUGAUAAGGCACCAAUUAGCUGCCAGCCUCCCCACCCCUGAGCUUCAAAACAAGGCUUAUAUUGGCCCUAUUUGCCUUUCUUUCUUACAUAUAUUUUGCAACCAGGGGAAUCCAGUGGGGUUUGCCACUUCCAGGAGUCCCAUCUCCCCUCUACUUUGGGAAACCAUCAGUUUUCUACCUCCUUCAAAGCCCCCAGAGGCAGGUAACGUGUGUCCUUCCCAAGGCCGUCUGGAGCGGUCCGUGCCCACGCCACAGGAGGGGGAUACUGCCUCUCAUCUGCGCCCAAGAAGUGAAUGUAAAACGCACCGGAAAAGCCAGGCUGGGGGUUGUGCGUCCGUCAGGCGCUGGGUGGGGCAACUUCGGCUGAAACCUCCCAGUGCCUAAUGAAGAUCUCGUUAAGUAUCCCACACUGGGAUCUCCUUCGAUAGCCUCGGGAAUGUGACUUGAGGCUGACUCUACACUGCCAGACUACUUCCACUUGCUGCUUUUUAUUGAGACCCACAUCACUGCCCGGGGGCGUGAGCCAGGAAAGGUUGAACCUGCUGAUUAUAAGCUCUAGGUAUUUAUUUGGAAAAAGCUGGUUUCCUCUUCCUGGCAGGGGAGACUUAGUGCUUUAAAAGCCCUGUUUGGAUAUCGAGAGGGAUUUUUUUUUCCCUCCUGGGGGAGCUGGAGACAGGAGCAAAAGACCACACGGAGCUGGUGGCUGGCAGGGAACACUGUCGUAGCUGGCACCAGGGGAGAUCUGCCUCAGUGGAUGUGCUAGAGACACGGCCUGUCUGCACUGAUGGAGCCAGUGGAGGCUGAGCCAGCCAAGAGCGAUGGGGUGGAUGUGGAAGGCGCUAAGCCUGGAGCCACUCAGGAGGAGAGCGUGGCUAGCAUGGUGGAUGGGAACGCGGCAGAUGGGAACGCGGCCAGCAUGGCAGAUAAGGAUGCGGCAGAUGGGAAGGUGGCCGGCAUGGCUGAUGGCAAAGGGACUGUGGCACCGGCUGGUGGCAGGGAUGAGCUGGAGCCCACGGUUCUGCCAGGCACCAGGUGUAUGGACAGCACAGAGGCCUCUUCUGAGCAGAGCAGCCUGAGCCAGGAGGAAGGGGCGAGCCCAGAGCAGGGGGGCUCCCCAUGCCAGGAUCCAGCUCCAGUGGCAGGGCCUGGGAAGGCUGUGGAGGAGCCAGAUCCAGAUGCCAAGGAGGCACCGUGUUCCCCGGACGAGGCCAGCCUGAGCGCAGGCAGUUCCGAGAUCCCCGGGCCCAGUGCUGCGGCGCAGGCGGCGGAGGGCCCCCAGGCCCAGUCGCCCAGCAGGGAACAGGACCCUGAACCCGACUUCUACUGCGUGAAGUGGAUCACAUGGAAGGGCGAGCGGACGCCCGUCAUCACCCAGAGCGAGAAUGGGCCCUGCCCACUCCUGGCCAUCAUGAACAUCCUCUUCCUCCAGUGGAAGGUGAAGUUGCCUCUGCAGAAGGAGGUGAUCACGUCAGAGGAGCUGAUGGCGCACCUUGGCGACUGCCUCCUGUCCAUCAAGCCCCAGGAGCCCUCCGAGGGGCUGCAGCUCAACUUCCAGCAGAACGUGAGUGACGCCAUGAUGGUGCUGCCCAAACUGGCCACAGGCCUGGAUGUCAACGUGCGCUUUACUGGAGUUGCUGACUUCGAGUACACACCUGAGUGCAUCGUCUUUGACCUGCUUGGCAUCCCCCUCUACCACGGCUGGCUCGUGGACCCGCAGACCCUGGAGGUGGUGCAGGCAGUGGGCAAGCUGAGCUACAACCAGCUGGUGGAGAAGAUCAUCACCUGCAAGCACUCGCCAGACCCCAACCUGGUCACAGAAGGCCUGAUUGCCGAGCAGUUCCUAGAGUCCACGGCAUCGCAGCUGACAUACCACGGGCUGUGCGAGCUCACGACUGCUGUCCGGGAGGGCGAACUCGGCGUUUUCUUCCGCAACAACCACUUCAGCACUAUGACCAAGCAUCAGGGCCACCUGUACCUGCUGGUGACGGACCAGGGCUUCCUGAAGGAGGAGUGGGUGGCCUGGGAAAGCCUGCACACAGUGGAUGGCGACAGCUGCUUCUGCGACACUGAGUUCCACCUGAGCCACUCACCCGGCAGGGAGGUGCCUGUCAGCCCCCCACAAGGCCAGCAACAGCUGGAUCAGGACUACAUCAUGGCCCUGUCGCUGCAGCAGCAGCAGGGCCCACCCCCGCUCAGCGACCUGGAGCUGGCCCAGCAGCUGCAGCAGGAAGACUCCCAGCAGCCUCCGCCACAGCCCCCUCCGGCCCCCCCGGGGCAGGCCCGUGGGAGAGCAGGUGGUGAACGCCGGCACCGGCCAAAGCCUGAGUCGGACUGCACCCUCCUGUAGAGCUGCCUGUGCCGGACCCCUGGAGCUCCUGCCCUCCCCGCCCAUGGGAUCCCAGCUGCCAGGAUCCACCCCAAGGAGACCUCGCUCCCAGCCUGGGCAUCGUGGCAAUGACCGACCCUCUGGGCGGGCUCCCGGUAGUCCUCCCUUUUCCCCAUGCUGCACCUCUCGUGCCUUGUAGCUCUCACCAAAGAUGCCCGGCGCCCACAGCCUCACCCCCCACCUCCGACCCCUGGGUUCCCUAUCAGGGUUGGCAUCCAGGACUUGGCCCCUACUGGGACCAAACCACCCUCCUCUCUCUGCCCUGCACAGAGUGCCAGGCCGGGGCUGGGGGGCAUGGUGCAGGGUGUGGGGUCUCCACCUGUGUGGGGAGGGGGUAUGGGAGCUCCUGGGAUGAGACUCACAUGCUGCUUUGCUGGCCCUGCCCCAUAAGCUGGGUUGGGCCUGGGGUGCUGUGUGCCCCCCUGCAAGGGUGCUGGGGUCUGGAGCUCUUGUGGGGGGUUGUCGGGAGUCUCCAGUCUCUGCUGUGGUUUCUGGGCCUUUCCUUUGUACCAUGGCCCUUGAGGGGUUGGGAAUAAAGAGGUUUCUUUUCCCCAGGG